CAGCAGAUCCUUUAAAAAAUCAAAAACAGUAUAUUAACCCGGAAGGAGAUCGCUUGCGUGUACAUCUAAUUUUACAAGUCUUUGCUCUCCUACCAACCCUUGCGGUUUAAACAAAGCAGGCGGAGCAUAAAGUCACGCGAGAAGAGGCUCGGGGCGCCUUUGAAAAAUGGCGGACGAGGUGGAGCAGCAACAGACCACCAAUACUGUAGAAGAGCCCUUGGAUCUCAUCAGACUUAGUCUUGAUGAACGCAUUUACGUGAAAAUGAGGAAUGACCGAGAACUUAGAGGCAGAUUACAUGCUUAUGACCAGCAUUUAAAUAUGAUUUUGGGUGAUGUUGAAGAGACUGUGACGACAGUCGAGAUUGAUGAAGAAACCUAUGAAGAAAUCUAUAAAUCCACCAAGAGGAAUAUUCCAAUGCUGUUUGUCAGAGGAGAUGGAGUUGUCCUGGUUGCUCCUCCACUGAGGGUUGGUUGAAACCAUGAACAAUUUAUCCUUGUUGGAUCACCAGUCGCAGGCUUCUACUCCCCUUAAAUACUAAGGCUGCACAUAAUAAUACAAGAGACUUUCCAACCCUGACUUUGUUUUGAAAGCUCAAGUUCCUUUUGUAAAAUUAAUGAUGUAAGAUUUUUUUUCCUGGAAUAAUUUAAAUGCUAUUUUCUGCAUCAAAUCAGUACAUGAAAACUUUUAGUUAACAUUUAUGAGCACUACUCACUUCUUAAAAAAAAUAAAUAUUUCAUUUGUU